AUGAUUGGACCCAAAUUCAAAGCUCCAAUAUCCAACGUGGCGCAACUGACUCGGCCUGACCCAAUUCGAUUCUGCAUCGCUCAGCGUACUAACUAUGCCAGCAGUGGCACCGCAUGCGACCACCACGGAAGCGCCGCCGCCGUGCAACUGCCGGCCGCCGCUGGCGGCGGCGGCGGCAGUGGCCUUAGCUGCUGCCCCCACUGCCAUUGGGGCUGGGUGUGUGACGAGCAUCGUACUGCCUACCUGACGGGGCCUCACGCCGCGGUAUGUAUGUCGUACCAGCACAUGAACGAGAGUCAGCUGCUGACACACCGGUACCUAACCGCCACGGGCCGGCUGCCCAACUACGUGCCUGACAAGCCGCCGCCGCGACCCACGGGUCAUUCGAGCGGCGGUGUUUGGGAGCCCGUGCCGGCAGGCUGGGCGGCGUUUCGGGCGUGGCGGCCACUACCCGCUUUUGACGGCGCAAUGAUGUGUCUGCUGAGCAAGCGAAUGUCGCAGGCGUUGACGGUAAUCCAGGCACUACAACACCACUACACCCCGGAGCAGUUGGCGUUGCGGAGCCACAUCGAGGUGCACGUGUUGGGCGCGUCCGCAUUCGAGGUUCCGGCGGACCUCAUUUGGGAGGAGAUCAUCAAUCUGAUGCCGGGACCCCGGGAGACAAAACAGCAGCCAGCGGCGGCGGCGGCGGCGGCAGCAGCGCCAGCAGCAGCAGCAGCAGCAGAAUCGGGAACUGAGACGGGAAGGAUAGCGAACGGGGAAGGCAGUGCCGGCGGCGGC